GCGCAACCCCUCCCUCUCUCUCUCACUCGCCAUUUCAGAUCUGUAGAAGGGGCAGAAAAGCAUUCCGUCGCCAUGAGUAAGUUGCAAAGUGAUGCUGUGAGAGAGGCAAUCACCCAAAUAAUGGCUGAUUCAAAGGAGAAAAACCGGAAAUUUACUGAAACCAUUGAGCUUCAAAUUGGUUUGAAGAACUAUGACCCUCAAAAGGAUAAGCGUUUCAGUGGUUCUGUGAAAUUACCCCACAUUCCCCGCCCUAAGAUGAAGGUGUGCAUGCUUGGUGAUGCCCAGCAUGUGGAAGAGGCUGAGAAAAUUGGCAUGGAGUUUAUGGACGUUGAAAGUCUGAAGAAACUCAACAAAAACAAAAAGCUUGUAAAGAAGCUUGCCAAGAGCUCCCAUGCUUUCUUGGCAUCUGAAGCUGUUAUCAAGCAAAUCCCUCGUCUCUUAGGCCCUGGUCUUAACAAGGCAGGCAAGUUUCCUACCUUGGUGACACAUCAGGAGUCCUUGGAGACAAAAUUAAAUGAAACAAAGGCUACUGUGAAAUUUCAGCUCAAGAAGGUCCUUUGUAUGGGCGUUGCAGUUGGGAAUGUAGCCAUGGAAGAAAAGCAGAUAUUCCAGAAUGUUCAAAUGAGCGUGAACUUUCUGGUGUCAUUGCUGAAGAAGAAUUGGCAAAAUGUGAGGUGCCUCUAUCUUAAGACUACAAUGGGAAGGCCUGUUCGAGUCUUUUAAUUUGGGGGAUUGUAUUCUUCGAUAAGUUGUUAAAGCUCUCCAAUCGGUUCAGGGAAACCUGAGUUUUUUGUUUUCUGCAAGUUGGUAGCAAGAACACUUGUACUACAAUCUUCCGAGACAUUGUUGCUUUAACAGAAUUUCUCUAUUUUGUUCACGAUCAACUCUUGUUUGGUUUUGUUGUGAUUUGAAGCUAUAUGCUGUUUUCUAGUUCUUUGCUUUUUGCUUUUUCUGGAGUGGUGUCUGCAAAUUGCGAUGCACACAUUAUUUCGAGGUCAUUUACUUGUUAAUUUUUGAUUCGUUUAUAAAUUGAGAUGUUAGGG